UUCUCCGUUGACCAAACCGUCAGUAGUGGUUGAAACGUGGUUCGUGACACAACCCUGAUACACGAUCCGUCCUGGAUACCAUGAAAACAUAGAUACAUCUGGAUACAACCUACUUAGAGAUACACAUUCUUACAAAUGAGCAUUAUUUAGGAUUGAAAUUUUGCUCAGGACUGGAAUUAAAGUGCUGGAUUUCGAUUAGUAUGUUGAGCUGAACCCAGGGUCGGAUCUCGGAUUGAAAAGUACUCCGCCCACGGGUGGGAUAGUCGGCAACAUCGCGGGGUGGGGCGGGUACCAUCCCCACCCAGGGGUGGGAGUCCAACACCCAGGAAUAGGCAUGAAGUUUCACGAAGGAGGAGGAGGAAUGAUGGGAUACCAUCACCACAACCUGAUGGAUAUGUAUCCGGGUCCUGCAAUUAACACCAUGGAUUGGAAAAACACAAGUCAGGAUGAGUUUCAUCCGUUUAUAGAAGCUCUUCUUCCUCACGUGAAAACAUUUGCAUACACCUGGUUCAACCUCCAGGCUGCCAAGAGGAAGUACUUCAAGAAGCAUGAGAAGAGGAUGUCCUUGGAGGAGGAGAGAAGGUGCAAGGAGGAGCUCAUCGCGGAGAAGCUUGAGGUUAAGCAGAAGUGGGCGAGUAGAUUACUUGGAAAACUACGGAAAGAUAUUGCUCAGGAAUGCCGGGAAGAUUUUGUUCUCUCCAUAACAGGAAAGAAACCAGCAAUGUGUGUUCUAUCCAACCCGGAUCAGAAAGGGAAGAUGAGAAGGAUAGACUGUCUCCGGCAGGCGGAUAAGGUUUGGCGACUGGACCUGGUUCAAGUGAUCCUGUUUAAGGCAGUACCACUGGAGAGUACGGAUGGAGAAAGGUUGGAGAAAUCUCCGGAUUGUCUCCAUCCGUCCCUUUGUGUCAACCCGUACCAUAUAAACGUCUCCGUCAGAGAACUGGAUCUAUUUCUGGCUAACUACGUUAACUCUCAUGACCAACUUUGUGAAUCUGAGAAAGAUGAAGAUGGGCACGCUCUAAACCUUAAAGGUUUCCCUCACAAUCCGUACAAUGGAGUUAUCUGCAAUGACGUAAUCGCAGCUUCUGGUGUAUUUACAGCCAAGGAACUCUGGAAAUUUACAAAAGAAUAUUCAGCUUCGAUUAUGGCCGGUGGGUCCCACAUGAGCGGUAGUUUCAACUCUAUCAAGCUGGAGAAUCCGGGAUAUUAUUGCAACUCCUACACUCCCCCUGGACCACCGGAUCAUCACUCUAUGAUCCCCGGGUCCGGAUACAGUAAGUGUUUUUAAAAUUCUUAUAAUUUGAUUCGCCAAUG